UCACUGAAGAACACGGAAAGUUUAGGAGCUUAUUCAGGGGAGCACUAUAAAGAAAGAAGAAUAUUAAAAAAGAAUUCGAUUUUAAAAGACAUACUACACAACGAUCAUGUUUCUGACAUCAGCUAUUCUUCUCACAGCUCUGCAAAGCGCUUUGACAGUACCCGUUCGUCAAUGCGACAGAAGCGGUAGACUGGGUCAGUUCAUACCCGACGACAUGAACCCCUGCGUAUACUACAGGUGCGAGUACCUGGGCACGCCCUACCAGAGGAUGAGCGGCAAGAUGUACUGCGAACAGCCCUACGUCGUCCCGCGGUCCUUUGGUGCCACCAGACGGUUCCCAAGCCACAGUAACCCUUGCGUACUCUACAACCCAACACUGGCGUCGAGAUGUAUACGAGGGGCACAGGCGUGGAGUCGGUGGAGUAACUGGGGGCAGUGCACGAGGGACUGUGGGGUCGGUACCCAGAGGCGCACACGGGUGUGUCUGGGAGGACAGAGCUGUCCGGGACUCCUGGUGGAGAGCCGUUUGUGUAAUAUGCAUCCAUGCUUUGGAGAGACGGUUGUUAAGGAUUUUGACAUCAUGCUACAAGAAGACGACCAUGCAACGUCAUUCGUCACAUCAGACUCGCAAGCGAGUGACGUAGACACAACACUGUCCACAACCACCACACAAAAAGAGACUACAAGAACCUCCGCCACAUCCAUUGCUGAGUCUACGCAAGCUCCUUCUUUUGCUCCCACCGAAGGCAGUGGUGAAGCGACCGGAAGUGACGACACGUCGACUACCAACAGUGACGUCACACCCACUGACAAUCUUACUGUUGUUGGGUCAACCACAUCCAGUUUUCAAUAACAAACUACCAAAUGAAACUGUAAAUAAGAUAUUCAGAACGCUUUUUGUACAGGUUAUACACAUAUCUAAAUCAGUAUUAUACCCUAACUAUAUCGGUUAAAUAAUUUAUGAAAAAUUUAAAAGGGAGAGCCGUAUCGGCUUGUCAGUAAGAUUCUGUGCUGAUAUUCACCGGUGAGAAAAAAUAUGAUUUGGAUAAAUAAUCGCAGUUUGAAUUGCACAAAGUGUAAGUAUUAUUUAGCAACCUUUUCUGCACAAUCUGUGUUUGAAGAAGAGUGUAAGGUACUCCAGCAGUUUAGAUUUUGUGGUCGUUUUCACAGAUGUAUUAAGUAUAAAUAAAUUAUGAAAGUAAUAUUGAAUUUGCCGUAUCGGUGGGUUUUCUGCAGUCUUAACGUAUCAUUCAGUUUCAUGUAUAUUUCCAUGUAAAUAAAUUAUCUAUUAAUGUAUAUGAGAUGAAUAUUGUGGUACAGCAAGGAUGAAAGACUGUUUAAGUUAACAUUCCUACACUGAAACCAGGGCAAAAAUGUAAAUAGUCUACUCAAAUGUUUUUACUAUGUAAUAAAAUUAAAUGUACAGUUUAUAUAUCUUUUUGAUAAUAUCUAUCUAUCUAUCUAUCUAUUUACAUAUUCUUCUUUCUUUCUAUUGUAUGAAAUUAGGGCAAAAGGGCUAAAAUUCUUUUAUGUUC